GGCCACGAGUUGUUCGUCUGCUGGAAAUGUUUUCUUGGAGGCUGUGGUUCAUUGUUCGACACUGGAUUAUUGCUCUUGUUUUACUGUACCAAUAGGAUGUGAUAAUUUUCUGGUAACGGCCAUUGUUGUGAUGACCUUGAGGCCUAGACCCAGCAAACCGAGGCACUAAAACAAAAAUGGUUCAGAUCCGAAGCCGGCGCGUUAACCUGGUGGCCAUCUUCAUUCUCUCGCUCGUCUUCGCGCUGGUCUUCUGCUUUUCGGUGCUAGCGCGGUUCAGCACCUUCAAUGUACACCCCAUCACCAUAGUCAGGGAGAAGAUCUCGGAAGGCAUCCGGGUCAUCUACUACAAACCGGAAGUUUCAUCUGCAUCCAGUUCACCGGAAGUCCACACCGAGGGUGCCAUCACCACGUCUGAGCUGUCGUCUUCACACGGGGACAAAUCUACCGGACAGACGUCAUUGCUGUCUUCAUCUAACAGCGAUACAUCAUCUUCGGUUAUAUCAUCAUCGCUAACAUCCACAUCGCUGAAAUCAUCAUCUGGAGCUUCGUCUGAUGGCUCUCAGCGGACGAUAAGAAUCGAACGGUCAUCUUUCGUCAUACCGAUGUUCUCCUCUACCGACACCCGCACCUCCACCGAGCUCAAGACAUCCACCAUGUUGAAAACGACGGACAACGUCACGUCCGGUGAGCCAGCCAACACGAGCGCCGCGCCGAAGCUGAUGCUGACCAUUGACCACGACGUGGGGAGGAUGGGCAACAAGAUGUUCAAGUACGCCGCCCUGCUGGGCGUGGCCCACGAGACGGGACGGGUCCCGGUGGUCAACCCCUACACGGCGGACAUCGACAUGCUCAAAGUUUUCCAGUUGACGCAUGUGGGGAGUUACCCUGAGGCCUCGACGUGGACGUCUGUCACGGAGACCCAGUACGGCUACUGUGACCCCGUCUUCCAGAAACUUCCGCCGCAGAACGUCCACAUGAGGGGCUACGUCCAGUCCUGGAAGUAUUUCCAGAACAUCACGGACGUCAUUCGGAAGGAGUUUACAUUCCUGCCUAAUAUACAAAAAAGGGUGAACGAAAUCAAAGACGAGAUUCGUGAGCAGUACAAGAAACCCAAGCUCGUCUUCGUGGGGGUGCACGUGAGGAUGAGGGACGGUUACUCCAACCCCGUCACGUGCGAGGCGCCAAAGUCUUUCUUCACCAACGCCUUCAACAAAAUGAAAGCCUUGCUGCCGGGGAAGGACCUCGUUUUCAUCAUCGCCGGAAAUAACCUCAAGUGGUGCGCAGAGAACCUGAACUACACGGACGUUGUCUUGCUUAAGGACGCGCCCCCGGAGAUUCACUUCGCUACUCUGGCGAGCUGCGACCACGGGAUCGUGACGGUGGGCACGUUUGGUUGGUGGUCCAGUUGGUUGACUGGCGGCCUGGUCAUCUUUUAUAAGAAGUUUCCCCUACCCAACUCGUACGAGUUUCAAGGUUUUGUUUACGAUGAUUACUACCCGCCAUCUUGGUUUCCUGUGGACGAUUAAAUAACCAGAGUUAUGUUUUUUUGUUGAUCUCAGUGUAAAAAAAAACAAAGAUUCAUCUCCCCUGUACAGAAGGCUAAUGAAACAAAUAGUGUAACACUGUCAUGUAUCAAGUUUGUUCUGCUCCUGUUUAUUUUGGUAUCAAAUCUGUGGCUAUAACACAAGCCUCCACAAUGCCCUGUCUUCUUUUAUCUUUCAAAUUUAGUGUACCUCAAGUCUAGGUUCAGCCGUACUCUACUUCCCCUACCUAUCCUUGAAUUUAUAGCAUGUUUUUCAAC